AGGCCACACCUCCACACAAUAUAUAUUGCUAAAGCUGGUUAAGUCAGUUGUCAGACGUGUUUUCAGCCAUGGCAGUGAAUAUUGUUUCCCGUGCGCAAUGGGGAGCCCUUACUCCACGUAAUAUAGACAAGCUGAACUCUCCAGCGAGGAGAGUCAUUAUUCACCACACAGCAACGAGAAGCAGCAAAACUCAAGCAGAGAGUAUCAGCGACGUCCGAAGCAUCCAGAGACACCAUAUGGAAAACCGACAUUUUGAUGACAUAGGAUACAACUUUCUUCUGGCACUGGAUGGCACGGUGUAUGAAGGCAGAGGAUGGGGUGUGGUGGGAGCGCACACCAAGGGCCAUAAUAGUGACUCAGUAGGGAUUGCCUUCAUGGGGAAUUUUACCAGUGAAAGCCCAAGUUCAGAGGCACUAACAUCAGUCAAACGACUCCUUGAGGCUGGAGUCUCCCAAGGUUUUCUUCUUUCUGAAUUUCUCCUGUUCGGGCACCGAGAUCUGGGGAGUACAGAAUGUCCAGGAGUCAACCUCUACUCGGCUCUACCACAACUGAGUUCAACCAAAUAAACUGAAAUUAUAUUCCGUUUAUUAGGUAAACACAUUUUUGAUUGCACAAACUACUUUCUUGAAGCACCAGGGGGUGCUACAACAUUGCACUAAGUGGCAGGUUUUGGGGUCUUCUGACAAGAUUGUAACGCUAAAAUGUAAUAUUUAAAAAAAAGUGUAAUUUGCAUAAUACUGUUAUAAAUCAAGCUAUACUGCAUGGUGUCUUUAAAUGUUUUAAUCUUCACACACAAAAUAUUAGCUGGCACAGUCAUAUUAUAUGUAUCUUAUGUGUUGCCCUUGUAGCACACAUCCAUUGUUAUUGAAACGGUGUAAUCCCUCAUUCACCCAGGAGUGGUUCAAUGUAGAGAAGCUUUUGGCAGGGGAACC